AUGCGUGACUGCAUUUGUGCCAUGUUACUGUUUGCGCUUGUUAAGGGAGCGUUCGGAGUAGAGGAAGACACUGCUCCAUGCGAGAUGCUGGGGAGCCCAGAGUUUCCUCUGCUGUCUAAGGAAGGGGAUAUUACUAUUGGAGGAGCUUUUUCCAUCCACAGCCAAAUCUCGAAGCCUUCUCUUUCUAUAACAGAUCCUCCAGAAACUCUCACGUGCUCCAGGAUAAAUUUCAGAGAAUUUCGUUUUGCCCAAACAAUGAUAUUUGCCAUUGAGGAGAUUAACAAUAGCAGCUUUCUGCUGCCUAAUGUCUCAAUUGGUUAUAAGGUGUUUGACAGCUGUGGCUCAACACUACCUUCAACACGCGCAGUGAUGGGUCUAAUAAAUGGACAGGAGAGGACUUUGGGAAAAACCUGCUCAGGUCAAUCAUCUGUUCAUGUUAUCAUCGGAGCCUCUGAGUCCUCCUCGACCAUUGUGAUGCUGCAGAUUUCAGGGAUAUUCCAAAUACCAGUGAUUAGCCACUUUGCCACCUGUGCCUGUCUGAGCAACAGAAAGCAGUACCCCUCCUUCUUCAGAACCAUCCCCAGCGACUAUUACCAGAGCAGAGCCCUGGCAAAACUCGUGAAGCACUUCGGAUGGACCUGGGUCGGGGCAGUCCGAAGUGACAAUGACUACGGCAACAAUGGCAUGGCGACAUUCAUCACAGCUGCGAGCCAGGAGGGGGUUUGUGUUGAGUAUUCAGAGGCCAUUUCGAGGACAGACUCUAGUGAGCAGGUUGCAAGGGUGGUCAGAGUGAUCAGUAGUGGCACUGCGAGGGUUUUAGUUGCCUUUCUUGCCCAGAGCGAGAUGGACAUUCUGCUUGAGGAAGCUCUGAAGCAGAACUUGACUGGGAUACAGUGGGUAGGCAGUGAAUCCUGGAUUACAGCUGGUCAUUUGGCUAAUAAGAGAUUUUCUGGCAUACUGACAGGGUCUCUGGGCUUCACCAUCAGAAAGACUAAGAUCAAAGGCCUGCAAGAGUUUCUUUUUCAGGUUAACCCAAGUCAGGAUCCACAGAACAACCUGCUGAGAGAGUUCUGGGAAGCAACCUUUGGCUGCAGUUUCCGAUCAGGUCCGUACGGUCAGAGUCCGUGCUCUGGCUCUGAGAAACUACAGGACAUUAAGAAUCCUUUCACAGAUGUGUCAGAGCUUAGAAUAUCUAACAAUGUGUACAAGGCCGUGUAUGCCAUAGCUCACGCCAUGCACACCAUGCUAAAAUGUGGGCAAAGUCGCGAUGCUGCGAAUCAGUCGUGCAUGUGGAAGAACUAUAUCGAGCCAAAACAGAUCGUGAAGCAUCUCCAAGAUGUGAAUUUCACCCUUCAGUCGGGAGAGAGAGUGUAUUUUGAUGGGAAUGGAGACCCUGCAGCGACGUACGAGCUGGUGAACUGGCAGAGAAACCAAGCAGGAGACGCUGUGUUUGUGGCUGUGGGGAGCUACGAUGCUUCGCUACCAGAUGGAAAGCAGUUUACCAUGAACGGAAUAAACAUAACAUGGGUUACUGGAUCUCAGGAGAGGCCAGCGUCGGUCUGCAGUGAGAGCUGUUUGCCCGGUUUUCGGCAGGCCGUGAUUAAAGGCAAACCCAUCUGCUGUUUCUCCUGUAUCCCCUGCACCGCUGGGGAGAUCAGCAACUCUAGCAAUUCUGCAACGUGUUCACGCUGUCCACUGGAGUAUUGGUCAAAUGAAAAUAACGACCAGUGUGUUCCAAAGGUGAUCGAGUUCCUGUCUUAUGGAGAAACCAUGGGGGCACUGCUCGCUGCUUUCUCAUUGUUCGGAGCGAUUUUAACGCUGGCAGUGUCGUUUGUCUUCUUUCGUUUUCACCACACACCUCUUGUCAAAGCCUCUAACUUUGAGCUGAGCUUCCUGCUGCUCCUCUCCUUAACUCUGUGUUUCCUGUGUUCUCUCACUUUCAUUGGCAAGCCCACCGAGUGGUCCUGCAUGCUGCGCCACACAGCUUUUGGCAUAACCUUUGCCCUGUGCAUGUCAUGUAUCUUGGCUAAAACUAUAGCUGUGGUGGUAGCCUUUAAGGCCAAAAGGCCAGCGAACACGGUUCCUCUGUGCUCUCUUCCGCUACAGAGAACAAGUGUUGUUAGCUGUACUUUACUGCAGGUCUUCAUUUGUGUGGGAUGGUUAACUGUUGCCCCUCCAUUCCCCUACAAAAACACAGCUCACGCCACUGAGAGAAUUAUUCUGCAGUGUCAUUUAGGUUCUCCGAUUGGCUUCUGGGCUGUGCUGGGGUAUAUAGGACUGUUGGCUGUGCUAUGCUUCGUCCUCGCGUUUCUCGCAAGAAAACUGCCUGAUAAUUUUAACGAAGCCAAGUUUAUCACCUUCAGCAUGCUCAUAUUCAGUGCAGUGUGGAUCACUUUCAUCCCAGCGUACGUCAGCUCUCCUGGGAAGCUCGCCGUAGCUGUGGAGAUAUUUGCCAUUCUGGCCUCAAGUUAUGGGCUGUUUUUCUGCAUAUUUGCUCCAAAAUGUUACAUUUUAAUUCUGAAACCAGAGAGAAAUACAAAAAAACAUAUGAUGGGGAGAAACUAGUCAAAAGAAAAAUCAAUUAUUAUAUAGAAUGUCUGAGUAGCUAUGUUUAUUUUUUUUGAAAGACUGAUGAGAAUAUGACAUUACAGACCAUGAGCAAAAAUCUGUCCAUCACUGGUGAUGCUGGAAAAAGUUGUAUAUAG